AAAAGAAUCCUGUGAGUGAGUAAUUCCAGGAAACUCAUAUUACAACUCAGCAGAUCACAGCGCAGCGCCCAGCUCAGCCCUUCGCUUCGGAAAACAACAACUUCAUUUGUGGAAAUAAACAAGGCGAUUUGAAAGCUUGUUUGUCAGGAAAACGAGGGCCCUCCGAAGGCUUAAAGAGGAAAGCAGCAAACAAAAGGACGAAUUGGUACGAAUUACAGGCUGUUUCUGGGGGACUGUCAGGAGCACACAAGAAGAUGUCAGCUGACAGCUUGUCAACCAAAGCCCUAAAGAUCAAACGGGAGAUGGGUGAGAACACACCACAUCUUUCAGAUGAGGAGCUUAUGGGAUUGUCAGUGCGGGAACUUAACCACCAUCUGCGAGGCCUGUCCAAGGAGGAGGUAGCAAGAUUGAAGCAACGGCGGCGCACUCUGAAGAAUCGUGGCUAUGCUGCCAGCUGCCGAGUAAAGCGGGUGUGUCAGAAGGAGGAGCUGCAGAAGCAAAAGACGGAGUUAGAAAGGGAAGUUGAUAAGCUAGCACGGGAGAAUGCUGCCAUGCGCCUUGAGCUGGAUGCCCUGCGUGGCAAGUAUGAAGCGCUGCAGGGCUUUGCCCGCACAGUCACAGCUCAUGGCACUGCCGCAAAGGUGGCAACUGCCAGCGUUAUCACCAUUGUCAAAUCUGGUUCCAACCAGGCCACCUACUCCUAGUGCCUACAAGCCAAGCCAUGAACUAAGUCCUGUUGCCAUGCCUCUGCACAGCUCUCACCUAGAACAGCUGUAGCUGCACUGGCUCUUUCCUUCUCCCACUUCUGUUCUACCCACUGGAGGAGACGCAGUUGACUUGAAGACCAAAUGGCUAAAUGUUGAACUUUGUCCUUAGUCCUUGCCUUCAUUGGAAGAUUGUGGGAAAGUGGUGCCCGACUUGUGUAAUUUUAGCUGUCAGUUAUUUGUGAAUUGGAUUACAGUGGCCAGUUAUUCCUAUUUUUUGUUUCCAUUUUAUAUUUGUUAGGUUUUCUUCUCUGCUGCUUCAUACCUUACGACUGAGUAAAUGUAAACAGAUGGGUUUGAAGAUGAGAUCUUUGUCUUAGCUGGAAACGCCACUUCAGAGAAGUUUUGACAGCAAUUAUAGAGAAAGGCAGAUAGCUUCUCUUUGAUGGAAAAAAAAGGGAUGCCAAGAUUGAAGUCUCCUUUUGAUGUCUAAGAGCUAGAGAUUACAAUAAUCCAGAUGCUUUAGAAUUAUUUCCCAGUUUCUUGGUGCACUGUUCAGACACAACUCUGAGUGUCCAUGCAUUAACUCUGUCUGCCUUUUGUUGCAAGCUACAGUUCCCUACUGUUUAGUUCAGAACCUCCUGAUCUCUUCAGCAUGAAACUGAUUUUUUUGGUAAGAGCAACUUGAAUCAGUCUGAGCCUCUGAUGAGCAGGCGUUUAAAAAUGAUCAAGAAAAGUGUUAUUGCUAUGUGACUGCAAGGGUGGUGGAAAAAGGGAUCACUGAGGGACAUGCCAAGAAAAGAGCUAGUUGCUGCUACUCCACCCUAGGAAAGAAAUUGAUUAUGCACACUGCAGUGAUUGGAGAGAUAGUCUCUCUGCAACUGUGUGUGGAUGUAACUGUGCUCCAAGUACUCUUUUGAUUGUAAAGGUGCUCUUGUGCUGAGGUCAUAAGAUUUAUGGACAAAAUGGAAGCAGCUUUCUAAAGAGGGAGAGAGAGAAGUAGAUGGGAAAAGUAAAGAGGGAGUGUGUUAAAUGAGGCAGGAGCAAGGUGGAUAAAGCAAGUGAGACUGAUGGAUAGUGAAGGGGCAACAGAAUUACAAGUGAAAUUUCUAGGGAAGACACUGAGUUCUAAAGGAGUUAGUUUCAUGAGGGUACCAGUGGCAACAAACAAAAUGUAAUGGAGAUUUUUUUUUUUUGUAUUUUCUUUGUUUUUGCAUUGGCAAAAGGCUAGAAAUAGAAACUCAGGAAAGAAGUAUAUCCAGCUAUUACAGAGAUUAAGGCAUUUUACAUUCAAGAGAACCAAGCUACACAGAAGGUUGGCCUACCCCAAGAAGCAGCAGAGGCUAUUGCUUGGGGGGUUGGGAUUCUAAGGGGUUCUGACUUAGCCCUGGUGAUAGGGGUGGGGUAGGCUGGCACAUUUCUUCCAGCCUCUGUUUUCCUCCCCAAGAGCAAGUUGGGAAAUGCCCAGUCACUUACACGGAACAAGGAAAAGAGGCUUCAGCUGGAAACACCGUUGGUGAGGAAUAUAGUUCCUCUGUGCUGUGCAGCUUUGCUCCAUUCAGUUGCAUAAAAUGCAAGGUGCAUUUCUAUUGAGGGAAGUGUAGUAGAAGAAAUUCAAAAUGCUUUUCUUCUUUUUAUCCGAAGGAUGCAUUUUCACAACAGCAGCAAAACAACUUGGACCAUAGCCAAAAAUAAUUUCUGUCAUGAAAACAAAACCUAAUGAAGUCUAAGUUAGGACAGUGGUGGAGUCAGGUUCCCCUGGGUGCCACUGUCUUUGUCCCUUGUUCUCUUAAGGAAAUAUUCUCAUAUGCACUUGGUAGGAUCUUUUGGCAUUGUAAAAAUCAUGCUGUUUCGAUUUUUAAAAAUGUUUACAAUCAAGGUCUUACCCCUUCCAUUGUAACCGGGUGUUCUGCAGAUGCAUUCUGCCAUGCUGGCUGGAAAUGCUGUGAAUUGCAGAGAACACAAAGUUGGAGAAAACUGAUACCAUUCAAAAGGCUAACUUAGUAAACAAACAAACAUUAAGCAGUGCACUAUUUCCGUUUCCCUGCCAGACUCUCAUGAAUCUCAGAUCCUAUUUAAAUCAAGCUGCCUGCAUGUACACGCAGACUAUUUGUAGUACUGGACUUGUAGGAACCAGCUGCUGAUAUAAUGCCCAUUUGUAAGCCUUUGGAGCUAAGCGCUUUUAGCCCAUCACCUUCUCAUUUUAAAGUGGGUGUGAAAUCUUACGCCAGGCAUGGACAUUAGGAGAGUCGAGAGAGACUGGCGGCUGCAUUGUUUAAGAAACUGGGAAGUGAAUACACCUGGGAGACAUGGAUACAAUACUUCUGUCGAAAGAGUGGGGAAGUGUUAGAUUAGAAGAUUUAGGAAAGUACCUUCCUCCAUUAAAUAUAUGUUGCUAACGUAAGAACCAGUGAGUAUUUGUGGGUCAUCAUUUCCAGGCAUGUGCCAGUGACUUAUUUAAGUGGCAAAUAUCCUUUUUUAAAAAGACAUAUGGUUGGGUUUACCCAUCCUGCAGCUUAACGUGACUUCUACCCCUAAGAUGGAAUCAGCUUCCAGACCAGUGUUGUCCAUUCUUCCUCUCCAGCCUUUUGAUCCUUAGUGGGGGUUCCCUCUUUAAGAUUUCCACCCUUGUCACCCUAUUUUUCCUUGUUCCUACCUUGUGAUUUAUUUAUUGCACGAAUAUAAGUUAUUUUCACAUUCUUUAUGCCGUUCUGCCUUGUGGCACGGCCAGGAUGUUGGUACAGAGCUGUACUUUAUAUUUUAUAUAUGCAAAUCACAUUUUAUCUUCUAUAGAGCAAGAAAAAAAGUACUUAUUUAUUUUCUGACUUACAGUAAGUGUCCUGCCAGACUCCUCUGUAUUUUGUAGACUUUACAAAUAAAGCCAGAUUUUUUUUCCAAAAUGGAGAAACUGAAA